AUGCCUUCGAAAUCUCUUCUGCGCAGCGCCCUCAUCGGGUUGCUUGCUUCUACAACCUUUCUCUCCGUUGCCACUGCGCAUAGUUGGGUUGAGCAAUUGAUGGUCAUCGCGCCUAAUGGUACAAUGGUCGGUCAGCCUGGGUUUCCCCGUGGCAACGUCUUGCGCAGCACCCCUGGUUUUGGCGAUCCUGCUAUGGUCAACUUGAUUCCUCCCGAUGGGCGCCCAGCAAACCAGAUCCAACCUCAAGACUUGAUGUGCAAAAUCAGCCAAAGUUCUCAGACACAAACCGACGGCAGCCCAAGACUGCAGGCCGCUCCUGGCUCCGCUGUUGGUCUGAGAUAUCAAGAAAAUGGACAUGUGAGCCUUCCUGGCACCCAAGCCGGCAAGCCUCAGAAUCGAGGAACUGUCUACGUCUAUGGUACCACUCAGCCUAGUCCAGACGACUCCUUCCUCGCAAUCCAUCGAGUGUGGACUCCGGACGGCUCUGGUGGUGAUCGUCGUGGCGUUCUUCUUUCUACCCAGAACUUUGAUGAUGGCCAGUGCUACCAGGUCAAUGGUGGUGCAAUCUCCAGCCAACGCCAAGGGCAAUACGGGCACCCCUUCAACAUGGUCAUGGGUAGUGAUCUUUGGUGCCAACAAGAUAUCCAGAUCCCGACCUCUGCCCCUAGCGGCAAGCCCUAUACCCUUUACUGGGUUUGGGAUUGGCCGACUCUGCCUGGUACCCCUGGUUUCCCUGAAGGCAAACAAGAAAUCUACACCACCUGCAUGGACAUUGAUAUCACCAGUGACUUUGGUGUCGAAAUUAUAUCUAAGGCACAAGGUAGUGCCUGGAUAGAUCAGCCAGCUGAUCAAGCCGCAAUUAAAGCCCAAGUGCUUGAUAUUGCCAAUCCUACUGCAGUUACAGGUCAGACAAUUCCUUUUACCGAAACUGCCACUUUCUCCCCACCAGCCCCGUCUAGCAGCUCGCAGAUGCUAACCACGUCCUCUACAGGCUCGACCAUCGCCUUCUCAGCUUCAGCAACAGGUCCAGUUGCCGGUGCUGCAAGUGAUGCUAGUGUCGCACUUGCAACGCACACAGCGACUGGCGAGCCAGAUUUUUUGACUGUUCACACAGGCUCAACUGCUGGACCUGGUGUCGAGACUCAGACUUUUACCGUUCAGCCCAUCGCCGCAACAGCUGCUGCUGGUCAAGGACAGGGACCUCCCAAUGGAGGUGGUGGCCGUGGAGGUCGAGGUAAGAACACAAUCGAAACUUCCAAUCGUGCCGGCAGAAGAUUCAAGCUAAUCAUUCAUGCCAAUGGACCAGAACCAGAGAUUACCUCCGUACCAGCUAUCAACAAUCAAGCUGGUGUCCUCACCUUGACCGAGUAUGACUCUGUCACUGAGACCGUUUAUGAGACAGUGUACCAAACUAUGUACACUAAGCGUGAUGCAGGUCAGUAUGAUUAUUCUACCACUCCCUUGCCCGAUUACCCCUCACCUGCCGGAGCGUCCACUGAGGACGGACCUUGGUCUCGCAUUGGAAAACACUUUGGACAUGGUCGACCUGCUUGGGCCACUGGCACGCUUCCUGGAAACUGGACUUGGGAACAGCACAAUAACGCUUCCCGGGGUGCUUGGUUUUCUCCACUUGCUCCAUCAUCGGCGUUUUACACCACUCAAGCUUCCGCAACAGCGGACAGGAACUCGGCUGCAACGGGAUAUGUCAUGACCAUGCCUGGUGGUACGGUUAUGACUGUUUCUGCAGAGGUCGAGACUGAGCUUUCGACCGCCGCAUACGCCUCGAUGGAUUCAGCAUCUCCCACUCUGGAAGCCCGCGCUGAAGCUACAGAUACCUCGGUGGUCACACUCAUGGACCUCAAAAGCUACGGCAUUCAAGAACUCAAGCCAACAGGUGCUGUGAACAGCACUGAAGCUCAUAUACAACCUGGUCCAUCUAACCGCACAAGCACAUGGGGCUAUGCUCGCUCUGCCAUGCCACACCAUCCACACAGUGGGAUUGGUAAUCAAGGAGUCCAACAAGCUGCUCAAGGCUGUUCGCAAUCUGGUUCGGCAUAUACCAGCAAUUCGUGGGAUAUCGGCGCCGUUCAUCCUGACGCUACUUCCUCAGGGGCAUCCUUUCAAACCUUCCCGCCAAUGGAAUCCGACCCGGGCUCAGGGCCAAUUUAUAAACGCUUUGCUUUCCAGAAUCAUUUACUGACCACUUCUGCUGCAGUUCCUCGAGUCACAUCUGCACUUUCGAUCGGCAUUCGCGCCACAGACCCUGAACCGGCCAGUACAGCGCAUUCAGCCUUCCGCCUCCGCGCUCGGAACCCGUUUGUAUGGCUAGGCUGGCAGCAGGACAAGGAUGAGGAGGCUCAACCCACCCCGACCCUUCAUCUAUGA